CGCACAUUGUCGACCUUGAGGGACGACGUGCCUGGCGAGACGGCGCAUGCUCGACACUCUAUCGACGACCGCCGCACACACGCCAGCGACGGCCCGCAGAAGGAAGCGACGAAGGGUUGAGCUAGGCGCCGUUCCUUGGUCGCGGGUGAAGGGACGCGGAGGAGAACAGCGAUCUGGACCAUGGCGUCUUCGUCAAGGCUCGGUUCGCGGGCCGGGGAGCUGCUUUUCGUGAGAGUAGCGUCACCCAAGAGGAUACAGCCCCAUUUUCCCAGUCUGGGUUGUAGGUCUCCGACGGCGCGCUCCUUCGCAUCUCGGCCAAAGCAAGCGGGGUCCAUAAGCCGGGCCGUUCUCGAACAAAUCACUCCUCGAGUCGAGUCUCAGAACUCACCCAGAUUGGAAAUCUCUUCGCGGAAGCAGUCCAACCUCAGCGAGGUCGCGGCAGAAGCCUUAUCGAUAGUCAUGCCAGGAACCUUCGUUCUCCCCCCAUUGUCGCAGUUCCCCCGGCCGCUCGGCCAAAAGUUCAGGUUGCUUGGCUACUGGAUUGUCAUCAAGGGUCAGGAAACCAUCACAAACGCCUUCCACAGGUUCAUGAGCAAGCCCACCCUCUUCUCGCGAGCCCGGUUCAAGCCCAAGAGAUCGACGCUCAUCCCCACGGCCAAGGCGCUGCACCGUGCCAUGGCCGAGGCCCUGGCUUCUGGCGAUAAGGACACCAUCAACAAGGUCUGCGGCAGGAGGCUCGCGAGCCAGUUGCUGGCGAGCAUCGACGCCCGCCCCCGGGGCCGCCGCUACGGCUGGGAGCUGGUAGGAUACACCAACAAGCUGUUCUACCCGUCUGUCAAGUCCCACAAGAUAUCGCCCGUUUCGCGCGAGCGCCACGCGCCUAUUAUUCAGCAGGCUGUGGUCGCCAUCUCCAGCCGGCAGCGCCGGGUCGAGUACGAUGCCCACGGGCAGGUGGUUCCCGGGAGCGAGAAGGAGAUCGAGGUGGUGGAGAAUGUGGCGAUUUCGUGUAUGGUCGACACUCGAACGUGGACGCAGGGCGAGUGGCGGGUCGUCGGCUCCGUCAGGCCGACUACGCUUGAAGGCUGGAAGGCAGAGGCGGAGCUGCUGAAGACGACAAUGCUGCAGCAAUGAGGCCGCCGCAGGCCUUGCCGCGGUGGGGAUUGCACGUUGAGCGAGCUGUUUCGCUGGACAGGAGGCUGUACGAUGGGCAUGGUGGGUACCUAUGUACAAGAUAUAUGUGUAAAUGGAUCGGCGGAGGACGAGGGGGAAGGCGUGCAGCAUCUCGUGUACACAAACGUGACAUGUAACAUAUUACUCUCCAUGCCUGGGAUGCGUACAGCUGAGGGACUGGGUCAGUACCGUUCCAGCAAUGAUUAUGCAAGGUAGCGUGAAUUCCUCUCUGAAGCAAGGUUUUCGCCGGCCUG